CCUCACUUUUCUUCAAAGCUAUUUGUUUUGAUUAUUUUUAUCUUUUGUUUUAUUAUAUUUAUUCCCACAAUAAUAAUUACACUAUGACUUAUAUUUUCUCCCUUUUGGCAGACACACUGCGCGUUCUAUGCCAGCCACUGCAUGUUUUUAGCGCACUGGGCGCAUUUUUUGCCUAUAAAUUAUUCUACGCGCUCUACCUUUCGCCGCUCCGAAACAUCCCAGGCCCCUUCUGGUCACGUAUCUCCGGUCUUCCUGCGCUUUACCACGAGCUGCGCGGUGUUGAGCCCGAACUGAUGAUUAGCCGCACCGAAAAGUACGGCAGCAUCUUUAUCAUUGACCCAGAAAGGGUUGGUAUCUGUGACCCUGAGGUUGCUCAGAUGCUUCUUUUAUCGCAUGCAUAUUUGAAGGACAAGCGGUAUGGCAAUAUUGUUGUCUUUGAGCCGAAUGUGUUUUUGACAAUUGACCCAGAGCUAAAUAAGCAAAGGCGCAGGCAGCUCGGACCUGCCAUGACCUUGGCCAAUCUGCGGCACAUGGAGCCUGCCAUAUUGGAUGUUGGAAUCAAACAGCUGCACAAAAAAUGGGACCGCGAUAUUGAGCAAUCCGAGGAUGGACAAAAGGCCAGGGUGUGCUAUCAGCGUGACUUUAUGCUCAUGUCGUUUGACAUCAUUAGCUCUCUGGGAUUUGGACAGGCGCACACAUCGCUGACUUCGGGGGAUACUCGAAUUGCCAAGUGGGUCCACAGCACACUGGUCGUGAUGUAUUUGCAGGCUGUCAUGCCUAUUUUUAAUUCUGGAUUGUUCCGUCGGUUUAUUGCCAAAUCACUUUAUGACAAUGUCGAUGCCUUUAUUAGCCUGGGCACUCAAGCUGUGGAUAACCGCCGACGUUAUUUGUCCACGCUAAGCACCGACGAGGACAAGCCCAAGGAUAUUUUGCAGUCGUAUAUUGAAGCAGAGGAUCCCAAGUCCCGCAUUCGGAUGACACCGAGCCAGGUGGUCACUGAGACCAUUAUUAAUCUGCUUGCUGGCUCCGAUACCAGCUCGAAUACGCUUGCCUGGACCAUCCAUUUGCUUCUUUUGCACCCACAGUACUACUCUCGGAUUGUCAUGGAGGUCCGCGAGGCAUUUGCACCCGGCCAUCUGAUCAAUUAUAGCGACUGUAAAGCCAGCCUUCCGUUUCUCGAAGCGUGCAUCUACGAGGCUAUGCGCCUGGUACCUGUGGUCACCACUAUGCCUCGUAGUAUGCCGCGUGGAGGCGCAACCUUUAAUGGCCAUUUUAUUCCCGAAGGAUACACAUGUUCUAUUAGUAUCCCAGGUUGCAACAGAAACUCAGAGGCGUGGGAAAACCCUCACGCAUUUUAUCCUGAGCGGUUCCUCAAUAAUGAGGCCAAUAGAAAGCAGAUGCUGACUUUUAGUGUUGGCGUUAGGGUGUGUCCGGGCAAAACCCUGGCGUGGAUGGAGAUAUUGCCGACUUUGGCUAAUGUACUGAGCAAGUACGAUCUGGAGCUGCCUGGGGAUGCGCUGUUCACGCCUGAUCGGGUUGAUAAAAAAGGACUGCCGUUUUUGAUGCCAGGAGUAGCUGCGGGUGCUUGGGUGCCGAGGUUCCCCGAACGCGACUGUGUUGUUUUGAUUUCUAAAAGGUCUUAGUUUUAUUUUCACUGGGGGAAUGUGAACUUUUAAAAUUAAUUGGUUGUUUUGGUUCUCAAAGCUUUAAUAAAUUUUAUUAUAAUUUUA